AAGAUGAUUUGGAGUAAAGUCAUCCAGGAAAUAAUGUUCUUUUCUCUUACCGGACCUGGAAUUGUGGGGAACAUCUUUAUCUUUGUGUUACAUGUAUGUACUUUUGUCAUGGGUCCUGACAAAAAACCUGUAAAUCUUAUCCUCAUCCACUUGGCUUUUUCAAAUAUGAUCAUUAUUUGUAGCAUAGGCAUAAGAGAAAUAGCAAUCAUUGCUUAUUUCAGAAAUUUCCUAGAUGAUUAUAGUUGUAAAACUGUGAUUUAUCUGAGGAGGAUGGCCCGAGGCCUUUCCAUCUGCACCACCUGUCUCCUCAGCAUGGUCCAGGCCAUCACCAUCAGUCCCAGAAGCAACCUGUGGAGAAAGCUCAAACCACAGACUGCAUGGCAAGUUCUUCCCUAUCUCCUCCUCUUUUGGAUCAUCAAUUCUCUGAUCAGCUCAAACCUGCUAUACUAUAUCACAGCAGUCAGUAGCAUGAAUGGAUCUGGAACUGAAAUACAUACGGUCAAUUGUUAUAUGCUACCAUCUAGACAAGAGGUUAGAUGGCUUUUCCUCUUCCUUAUGGCUCUUCGGGAUGUGAUCUUUCAGAGUCUCAUGGGCUGGAGCAGUGGGCACAUGGCUUUCCAUCUGUAUAAACAUCACAAGCAAGUCCUCUAUCUUCACAGAUCCAGGAUUGCAAACAAUUCCAGCCCAGAAAUCAGAGCUACUCUAAGUACCCUCAAUCUCAUGAUCUGUUUCCUUGUCUUUUAUUGGGCAGAUUUCAUGUUCUCUGUCUACACGGGUUCUACCUUGAGACAUGAUUUCAUGAAACUAAACAUUAAAACAUUUCUAGAACUUGGAUAUGCUGUUCUCAGCCCCUUGGUCCUGAUCAGCCGGGACGUCAAUAUUGCUAAAUCCGGGAGGGCUCACUGA